ACAUGGAAAUGUAAUUAUUUUAGUAUAUAUAAAACUGAUCAAUACCUUUUCUCAUCAGCAGUUAGAGCAGUCUUAGCACUGGUUACAGCUUGUAGAAGGAGUUUUCAUUCUCCUCUAGGAGGAUGCAGGACCCCUGACUCUCUGUCUGACCAGUGAUGAUUGGCCCUAUGCUAAUCACAUGCACUCUCCCAAGAAAAAAAACUGUCUAGCAAUACACACCAAACUGAGCAUGUGCAGAGUGACUCCAAACCUCUAUUCUAUCAGGAGAUAUUUAGGGGACAAUGGAAGAAGGGGAGGAUCAGAGAAGAGAGAAUUAAACAGCCUUUUUGCACAAUGCAAAGGAUUAACCCCU